AUGGCGAAGACUAAAGUUACCCAAAGAAAACCUGGAUUCCUAUGUUCCAUUUGUCUGGUUCGACUGCCAACUAAAGACAAGUGGAGUGAACACCUGUUAAAAUGUGGAAUGGCAGAUAUUCAGAAGAGAAGAUUUGAAUGUAAUUUUUGCGACCAUGCCUUUGGUAGGAAGAUUGUGUUGGUGAAACAUAUGCAACGAUUGCACCCUGGUCAGGACCAUUGUAUUACCACACUGGAGUCCACUGAACCUGAGAAAUCUCCACCAAGACGCGUGGAAGAUGAAGAGGAUUGGCAGGAGGAUCCAGGAGAACUCUUGUUUGAGGAGGAGAAGGACAGAGAAGCCGGUAGAACGUACAGGAAGAAGACGUCUCCAGUUUUACCAGGGGUGAAAAGAAGAAACACGGAGACAUCAGAAACGGUGACCAUAGACGUUCCUACUAAUGAAGAGAUAGAGAGAGAGAAACCUAGCAACAGUGCUUUGGUGGUGCAGAAGGCGCCCUUGGAUGACCAACACUGCUCAUGCUGUUCUAAAAAGAGCAAGAAAGCUCACGCUGAAACACAGACUGAUACAAAUCUCAAGGCAGGAAAGAGUCACCAGAAAAUAAUAAGAGUCACCAGAAAAUUUCAGAAAGAUGGUGAGACAGUGGAGCGUUUCGAGGAAGAUAUCUGGAAUGACUGA